GAUCGGAAGGCAGUGUUUUGGUGCGUGCAAAAGCACAAGUGCAUAAAAAUAACAAGAGUUGAAAUAAACAAGACAGUGUUUUGGUUUACCCGAGAAAACAAAGGGUUUGGAUCAACUCUGAAUCUCCGUUAUGGCCUCCAUCAAUCCACUCUUUCUUUUUCUUUCCAUACAAAUAUGCUUCUCACUUUUACCCUUCUCAAUCGCUCAAUCUGGCUCUGCCGAAGGUUACACCAUUUAUGGUCGAGUGAAGAUCCCCAGUUUUGGAAUGAAAGAAUAUAUUCUUCCUGGAAAAGUUUCAAAUGUCAAAGUCAUACUCAAUGGUGGUCAAAGAGUUACUUUUUUGAGGCCUGAUGGAUAUUUCUCAUUCCACAAUGUGCCUUCUGGGACUCAUCUAAUUGAAGUGGAUGCAAUGGGCUAUUUCUUUUCUCCGGUACGAGUUGAUGUUAGUGCCAGAAACCCUGGCAAAAUUCAGGCAGCACUGACAGAAAAUAGGAGGGGGCUUAGUGAGUUUGUCUUAGAGCCAUUAAAGGAGGAACAGUAUUACGAGAUUAGGGAGCCGUUCUCUAUUAUGUCCAUUGUGAAAAGUCCAAUGGGUCUGAUGAUGGGAUUUAUGCUGAUUGUUGUCUUUCUCAUGCCCAAACUAAUGGAGAACAUGGAUCCAGAAGAAAUGAAGCGUGCACAAGAAGAAAUGAGAAAUCAAGGAGUUCCAUCUUUAGCAAGCCUGUUACCUGGUGCCGCAAGAAACAACUAGGUGUAUGAGUAAUGGGAAACCAGUGAGCAUUGCCUUGAGCAGGAGCUCAAGAAACAUGAGAUACCGUGAUUGGAGGGUUUUGUUUUGAUAAAAUGGGGUCGAGAGAAAUCUUUGAUUAUUUAUGUUGUGGAAUGGUUGAAUUUUUUAAAUUUCUGAUAGAGAUGUUAGCAUGUUUGAUUUGAACACUCAAGCGUAGGCUUCUAUUUAACUCUGCUUCUAUGUUAUUAAUGUGGAUAACCACGCACUAAUGUGGAUAGUAUUUUUUGGUUUGCUUGUAAAACUCUAUGAUUUCCUCUUUUGGUCCUUCCUUUUUUGAUACAUUGGUGGGAAUUGAACACACAACAUAAUACAAACUACCUAAAUCCCU